AAGAACAGAUGCUGUUUGAAGGAUCUACGCAAGAAGGGGAAUUCUUCAUACUUCCUUAUUAUUCCACUUAUGUGCCACUGGUAUCAAUCAUUCAAUGCAAUUCCUGCUUAUUGUUUAAUACUUAGUUAUUUCUUUAUUUUACACGUACAAACAAGUAUACUUAAAGUAUACUUUACUUUAGACAGUCACUCACCAGCUAUGUUAAAAUAAAGAAGAGGUAUACUUGAAGUAUACUUUUACAUUUUAAGUAUAAAUAAAGUACAUUAACAAAAUGUACUUCAUUAAUACUUUUCUUCUUUAAGUAUAAAUGAAGUAUACUUCAACUGUACUUUCUUUUGGGAAGUACAGACUAAGUAUACUAAAAGUAUACUUAAAGUAUACUGCAUUCUUGCAAGGGAUUUCACAAGAUUUUCAUAAGUUUUGAUUUCAUAGUGCUUGGAGCUGUGUGAAAUGGGAAAAACUGGCAUUAAAGAGACUUGUGUUCAACCCUACACAGUAACACUGGACUAGUGUGGUAUCCAAAGGCUCGGUAAGCCAGUCAACCGGUCUCUACAGGCAUUCCUUAGUUUUUCAGAGACUGGAAAAUUUUCUGGCUCGAAUGCCAUUGGAAAAAUUUAAAUGGCCUGAGCCAUUUGUUUAUCAGUCUGCUCUGGUAAUUAUUUGUUUGUUUUUUCUGUAGUUUUCCAUCACUAUACCCAGUCCUCCAGCCAGACUAUGUGGCCAAGGAGGUUGUGGCAGCCACUCUUAGAGAUGAGGAAAUUCUCUUAAUUGCCCGUGCUCUAGCUGUGAACUUCUUUUUGACUGGGUAAGUCAUCAUAUGCUGCCAUCAUCCUUAGGCUCUCUAGCUGGGAUGUGUCACUCCACAAAUCUUAACAACAUCUGGUCCCACAGAGCAGCUAACCACAUCCCUGUGUCUAUAGAUCUCAACUGUUGUAUGAUAAGCUGUAUGUUUAUUGAUUAUUUCUGAAAGGAACAACUUGCAUAGUUUGAGGUUGGAAGUCCCAGGGGACAUUCCUAACUGCUCUUGGAUGGGUGCCAGAUUUUUGAUAUCCAACAGGCCCACCUAGAUUCAAUAUAUAUUCUUGCCAAAAGGCCCCAACUUAGCAGUUUCAAUCUCAAUUGUGAAAGAUGGUCAUUUUUUAUUCUUAUAAUUCAGGGACUGUACUGUUUUCAGUCGUGCUCAUGUCAGAAUGAGAAACAGUAAAAAGUUAGACAAAGUAUACUUCCAUUAGAUUCUUCCUUUUCUGUCUUUUGUUUGUUUUCAUAUUUUCAAUUGUUUCCUUCCUGAAAUUUUCUUUCUUUCUUCAACACUUUUAUGUAUGCAUUGUGAGGCAUUCGCUGUAAGAGCCAUCUCAUGAUAUUAAUUUGAUGUUUUUUUUUUAAUGUUGUUACAGGAUAUUACAAUUUACAGCUCUUCUUGUUUUGAGUGACUUCCUUCAAGUUGGAGUCUCUGAACACACUCCAAGAGAUGAAAAGAAGUCUGAUUAA